GACGACGAGACGGCGGUGCCGGUGGUCUCGUCCGACUACGCCUUCAUGGGCCAGGACGACGCGGACACCAUGCCGAUGCUGGUACUUAGGGAUCGGCGCUCGAAGAUGAUGGCAGCGACAUUCGUGGAGAAGAAGGGCGACGACGCCUACGCCAUCAAGUUCUUUGCACGCUUCUUAAGGAUCCUGGGCUACAGGAAGAUCGUCAACAAGUCCGACGGCGAGCCAGCGAUCCUGCUGGUCAAGAGGCGUGCGGUGGAGGAGGUUCCUGGCCUCGAGGCCAUUCCCCAGGAAUCGGCACCGGCCGAUCAUCAGGCCAAUGGGGAGAUCGAGGUCACGGUGCGCGAGAUCAAGAAGCAGGUGCGGGCGCUCAAGAUGGACCUGGAGUCCAAGCUGGGCGUCAAGGUGGAGGACAAGCACCCGGUGCUAGCGCACCUGCCGGAGCACGCCGCAUCGGUAAUCAACCGAUACCGGCGCGGCCAGGAUGGCAAGACCGCUCUUCAGCGGCUCACGGGACGGCAGUGGAGGAAGCCGGUCCCGCUCUUCGGCGAGCGCUUGAUGGCGCGGUUCGCCGGGGAGCGCGCGAGGAAGAACGCGCUGGAGGAGCAGAUGGUGGAGAAGGCGGUCGGCUUCCGCAGCCUGCCGCAGAGCGAGAAGUGGAUCACGGCGGGCUGGGAUGGCCUGAAGGGCCUGCCGUGGGACGUGGCUCCGCGUGCGGCAAGCGCGCCGCGGGCCAUCGUCGGACCUGGAGAGGUCGGACCGCCACCAAUUGUGGUGGUGUCGCCGCAGCCGCAGGCGCCGAGGAGGAUGUACGUCCUCAAGGCGGACGUCGAGCGGCUGGGCGCAACGCCGGGAUGCCCAGGGUGCGUCUCGAUCGCAAAGCACGGCCGGGUGCUGGCUGGCCACGCGCACAACGCGGUGUGCAGCAAGAGGAUCUUCGAAGCGCUGGACGCGGUGGAGGCAGGCCGGGAAAGGACCGGCCAGUAUCGAGAACGGAGGCAGGGCCAAGAGGCCAGAGUCCGACCAGCGGCAGCGGCCGCGGCAGGGACCCCUCCGCCGAAGACGGCUCGGAGGAUCACCGAGCCGGUGGCAGCGGCGGCGGCGGCAUCGGCCGCGCCGGCCGCGACCCGAUCGGCAGCAGCGCCAGCCGUGGCAGCCACAGCGGCGCGCAUGCGAGAGAGCCAGCCGGUAGCACCGGGCUUCGGAGUGGCGGCUCCUUCAGGAGGAGCGAGCUCCAGUUCGGGAGCGGCGCGAGCGGCAGAGGCCGCCGCGGAUGUCGACAUGACCGCGGCCAGGUCGCGGCUGAAGCGCUUGGCAGAGGUGGCCCCGGAUGACGUGCCGGAGGCCCUCGAGCGCGGUGAUCACAGCCGGCAGACGUGCCGGUACCGGUGGCACAUGCGGGUGCUCGCCCUCGAUGUGGCGUCGAUCGAGCUAGUUGAGCUCGGAGCGCUGACGAGAGCGAAGGCGGAGUUGCUCCCGCUCGUUCGCGAACAGGUCAGUGGCCAUUGGGCCAGCGCCGGCGUGGACAUCGCCGACGAAGAGGUGGACAGCAUCGCCCUAUCGGCGUUGCAGCUGGGCGCCGUGGACGUGGCCGAGGUGUACUCGCCACAUCGGUUCUCGGCUCGGGCAGCGGAAUUUCAGCUGCGCCCGGGCUUCGCGGCGGACCUGGAGGAACUCAAGGAGGACGGGACGCCGUGGGACUUGCGGCGCCCCGAGGAUGUCAAGGAGCUCGAGAGGCAGCAGGAGCGGAUGGAUCCCAUCCUGCUCACGGGGUCCCCUCCAUGCGAGAAGUUCAGCUUGCUGAGGGGCCUGAGCGCUAAGUUCAGGACCGAUGAGCAGGAGGCGGCUGAGAUGGAGGAGGCCAGACACCACCUGAAGGUGGCAGUCGACGCCUACUGGCGUCAGCUCAGGAAGCCAGGCAGGUACUUCCUGCAUGAGCAUCCCUGGAGCGCGCGAUCGUGGAAGGAGGACAUCGUCAAGGAGCUGGUCGCGCAUCCAGGAGUCUUCACGGUCAAAGGCCCCAUGUGUCGGUGGGGCAUGAAGCUCACGAACCCACGCAGUGGUCAGGAGGAGUUCGUGCGCAAGGUCUAUCCACCGAAGUUGGUGGAGGCGGAGCUGGAGGAGCUCAAGGACACGCUGAAUGACGUGGGAGAGCUCAGCACCGCCCAGGUGCAGCAGUCGGGCCCAGUCCCUGUGGACGCGGCAGUGCCGCCCGGGGACUGGACGAGUUACUGGGACGACGUCCAUGGCGGCUACCUGGAGGCGGGCCUUGUGGCCCAGGCUCGCGCGGUCGAGCGCGAGUGGGUCAAGAAGCAGGAGCUGAUCGAGAUCGUCCCGAGGUCUCUGGCUUUCGCCGAGACUGGGCGUCCGCCCAUCCCACUCAAGUGGGUCGACACGAACAAGGGUGACGCGGAGAGGCCCAACUACAGGAGCAGGCUCGUCGUGAAGGAGAUCAAGGCGAAGAAGCGCCCUGACGAGCAGCUGGAGGCGUCCGAGGUCUUCUCGGCCAUGCCCCCUCUGGAGGCCAUGCGGUCGCUGGUCUCGCUGAUGGUCACGUGGACGCGGGAAGCACCGCUCCACAUUCAGGAGUCGCUUCGCAAGAAGGGCAGGAAGCCGGGCAACUUCAAGAUCGGCUUCUUCGACAUCAGCAGGGCGCACUUCUACGGGAAGGCGCAGCGGGGGAUCUUCGUGGAGCUGGAGGAGGAGAGUCGCAAGGAGUACGGCGAGGACAAGUGCGGCCUACUCCUCAAGUCCUGGUACGGCACGCAGGACGCCAGCAAGAUCUGGCAGGGCGACUACACGGAGCUGCUGGAGGAAAACGGCUACAAGGCAGGCGUGUCGUGCCCAGCGGUCUUCUACAAGGAGGUGGACGAGACGAGGCUGCUGGGGCACGGCGACGACUUCGCGGUGCUGGCUCAGCAGCAGGACAUCGACAGCUUCGAGGCCACGCUGGGCAAGAAGUACGAGUUCAAGAAGACUGCGAACCUAUGCUUCGACGAGGGCGAUGACAAGCAGGCGGUCUUCCUGAAUCGGGUCAUCGAGGUCAGUGCGGGAGUUCCGCCUGGCGGUGGCCGGCCCUGCCGGCAUGCGAUGAUCGAGCCGGACAAGCGGCACGCGGAGAUCGUGAUCGACGAGUUGGGUCUCAGCAAGGCCAACGGCGUGGACACGCCGAUGGAGAAGCGCAGCGCCGACAAGCAGAUGAUGGAUGCGAAGUCGGCGGCGUUGGGAGCAGCGGAAGCUUCGCGCUUCCGAUCCCUCACCAUGAGGGUGGCCUACCUGUCUCAGGACAGGCUGGACUUGGCAGAGGCAUCGAAGACGCUCGCUAGGUCCAUGCAGACGCCAACGGAGGCGAGCUGGCUCAUGCUCAAGAGGGUUGGCCGCUACCUUAAGCGGCAUCCUAGCACGGUGACGGUUUUCACGGAGCAGAAGAUGUUCGACAAUCCGGGUCUCGGGAAGAUGCGACAUGUUCAAUCACGGUACUUGUGGAUCCAGGAGCGUGUUGGCAAGGGCGACAUCUCGAUCGCUGCGGUUCCUGGCAAGAACAAUGUCGCGGACGUGCUGACCAAGAGCGUGGGACUUCAAGUGAUGGAGUGGAUCGAAUCCAUGCUCCGCUACCUGUGGGGCUGGAUGAGGUUCCGCCGGGAUCCGGAGGCGCAGGGCCAUGACGGCGGCGGCGUGGUGGCUGCCCUCACGCAGCGCGGCUUCGGCGCCGCGGCGCGCCUCGGGGCGGCCUCGGCGGCCGAGACGUUCCGCCUGACGGGCCUGUCGCACCUGCCGCCGCUCGUGGGCGCCUCCUGGGGCGCUGACGGCCUCACGCUGGUCUCCAGCCUGGGCGACCUCCUGGCCUGCCCCGGGCAGCGCCCCGCGGCGGGCGCCUCGUGGACGUGCGGGCCCGCUCCGGACGCCCCCGCGAGGCUGCCGGUGCAGGAGGGCACCUCGCUCCUCGCGGCGACCGCGGCGGUCCUGAGCGGCGUCGGCGGCGCCGGCGGCGAGCCGCGCUUGCACGCGGCGCUCCUCUACGAGAGCGCCCCGGACCUGGUCGCGCUCUUCCACCUGGACGGGGGCGCGUGGCUCCCGCUCGGCGAGGUGGCCGUCCCGCCGCACGGGCCGGGCUCCGCGGGGGCGCUCGGCAGGGUCUCCCUCGCGCUCUCCCCGGGCGGCGACCUCACCCUGGCGACGGACACCGGCGCGGUGGUGCGCCGGCGCCUGCGCGACGGGGCCGUCCUCGGGUCCACGCCUCCGGGGAAGACGUCGCAGCAGGCGUGGCGCGGGGCCUGCAGCGUCCGCCACGGCACCGCGGACCGCGUGGCGCACCUCCACCUGAAGAGGGCCACGCUUGCGCAGAGGCCGGAGGUCACUCUCGCGGAGGACUUCGGGAUCACGCAGGUGGGAGACGAGCUCCUGUACCCUUAG